AUUCUUUGUCCUCACCCCGCAGUCUAACACACAACUGGAGAAGGACGCAGGCUCCUCGCUGAGAAAAAAAACUGGAUGGCUUGAUAUUAAAGCGCGUGGGCUUUAUUUUGAUCAAAAGAAAACGGAGGAAAAGCUCCUCGAAAUAAGCGAGAACUCCGAGGAGACGUCGGAGGGAAAUCAGAGGACCCAAAAAUCACCAGCAAGGGUUUGAGAGGUUCCCUUCUGUUCCAGAGGCAAAAUGAGCUGGAGUUUUCUUACACGUUUGUUGGAUGAGAUUUCCAACCACUCCACCUUCGUUGGCAAAAUCUGGCUCACCCUCCUCAUCGUCUUCCGCAUCGUGCUGACGGCUGUCGGAGGCGAAUCCAUCUACUACGAUGAACAGAGUAAAUUUGAGUGUAACACGCAGCAACCUGGUUGUGAGAACGUGUGCUAUGAUGCAUUUGCGCCCCUAUCACACAUUCGCUUCUGGGUGUUUCAGGUGAUUAUGAUCACCACGCCCACCAUCAUGUACCUGGGCUUUGCUAUGCAUAAGAUCGCCCGCAUGGAGGACGACGACUACCGGCCCCGCAACAGGAAAAGGAUGCCGAUAGUGAGCCGCGGUGCCAACCGGGACUACGAGGAAGCGGAGGACAAUGGGGAGGAGGACCCCAUGAUCCUGGAGGAGAUUGAGCCAGAAAAGGACAAGGAGGUGGCGGAGAAGCCCAGCAAAAAGCACGACGGACGCCGCCGCAUCAAGCGCGAUGGCCUGAUGAAGGUCUAUGUGUUCCAGCUGCUGUCACGCGCCAUCUUUGAGGCUUCGUUCCUGUUUGGACAGUAUGUCCUUUAUGGGCUGGAGGUGGCGCCGUCGUAUGUAUGCACACGCUCUCCCUGCCCGCACACAGUGGAUUGCUUCGUCUCACGUCCCACAGAGAAAACCAUCUUCCUGCUCAUCAUGUACGCCGUCAGCGCCUUGUGUCUGUUCUUCACCAUGCUGGAAAUCCUUCACCUUGGCUACAGCGGUGUCAGGGACUGCUUUUGCGCACCGAGGCCCCGGCCCCCCACCCCCCGCCACCCGGCUCUGUCCAGCCAGAGGUCUUCCAUCUGCCGCCAGCCAUCGGCACCCCCGGGCUACCACACGGCCGUAAAGAAGGACCCAUCUGGGAAAAUGGGUUUCAGGGACAACCUGGGAGACUCGGGCCGGGAGUCGUUCGGGGACGAGGCUUCGUCCCGGGAGCUGGAGAGGCUGCGGAGACACUUAAAACUGGCCCAGCAGCAUCUGGACUUGGCUUACCAGAACGAGGAGAGCAGCCCGUCACGCAGCAGCAGCCCAGAGUCCAACGGCACAGCGGUGGAGCAGAACAGACUAAACUUUGCCCAGGAGAAACAGAGCAGUACAUGUGAAAAAGGUCUACGUGCAUAAGUUCUCAUCAGCCCAGCUGACACUGUAGACCGAAUUCCACAUCAGGAUCAGUAGUAGGACACAAGGGAAUCAAAGUGUGUGAGUGUGUGUGUGUGUGUGACGUCUUUGCUUGAGGUGGAUGAAGUCAGCCCAAGCCUUCCAGUGUUACGGCCAGUCGUGGUCGAGCAUCGAGUCAAACGAGGAGGAGAGUGGUCGUAUCAAACCCAGCAAUACUUGAGACGGCUGUCUGAAGAUCCAAAGUGCUUACAAACUACCGUUGUGCAGCAAGAACGGUUAACGUGUACUUCUCCCUCAGGGCAGCUAUUCUUUUUUUAAUAUUUUUAUUACAAGACGUAGAGCUAUUAGUCGUUUUUUAAAGAGUUUGUCCUCUGUUGGAAGUUCACAGUGAAUGCAUCUCAUGUUUGCCUUAGACCUAAAACUGGAACUGUGUUUUUAUGGCGUUUUGUUAAGGUGUGGCCAAGCCAGUCGUAGAGCGAAAAACAAUGUAUAAACUGUAGGAGUCUUGUUCUUUGUGAGGAAGUGAAUCAGUGAGUGAGUGAGAUGCAAAAAAAGGUUAAUGGACAGGGCACCACUCAUAAAAAGGUACUGGCGAAAUGCUGAUGAAGACUUUUUUUUAGGAGUUAUUUUCAUACAAAGGUUUCUCUCAAGUGUGUCAUAUUUUUAAAGAAGUUUCGAUAAUGUUGGCACUGCACCUGUCAACAUUUACAAGCCUGGUGCUUCGAUGGUAACUGGAACACACUUGGAGUGCCUUUGUCCAAAGGAAUAAACAAACCUGGGUAAUGCUUGAAAAACAUGUAACUCUUGAUAUUGUCUUGUAUUGUUUAAAAUGUGUAUUUGAUACUGUUCUUUAUUUUUAUAUUAGUGAGUAUUGUAGUUUUGAAAAGAGGCCCUUGUCACUGUGGCAGACAUGCAUUUUUUUUUCUUUUUUUUUUUUUUAAGAAUGACAUUUACUGCUGUCUGAGUUCCCUAAAGCUGGUCCAUUCUUAAACCGCAACAAAUUUCUUCAGUGCAUUACAAAAAAAAAAAAAUUGAUUUCAUUUCUACAUCAUCUCUGAACAGAAAACAUUCCUUUUUUCCAAA